AUGGAGUUUCACACCGGACCUUUAACCAGUGUUGGGUACAUCGCAGCACAUCCUAUUCUCGUUACUGCGGUGGCAAUACUACUGUAUGGUUUAUCUCUCGGCCUGUACCGAUUGUCGAGAUUUCACCCUUUGGCUAAAUUCCCUGGACCAAAGCUCGCCGGUCUAACAUAUUGGUACGAGAUCUAUUACGACAUCUACAGACCUGGCGACUACACCAAGGUCAUCAUCGACCUUCACAAGACAUACGGGCCUAUUAUCCGAAUAAACCCAGAUGAGCUCCAUGUUAGCGAUCCCAGCUUUAUCGAAGUUCUGUACACGAACUCGGGCAAGAAGCGAGAAAGUCCACCGUGGCACACGCGACCAUUUCAAUUUGAAGGAGCGCAUUUCGGUACCGCCAACCACGACCUACAUCGCACUCGUCGGGCUCCUCUGAACCGGUUCUUCUCCAAAGCAAUGAUAUCGAAGUUGGAGCCCGCCAUCAAAGCAAAAGCAAUCCAUUACUGCAAAAACCUCGAAACCUGGGCUGGAACCGGCGAACCGCUCGACCUUGUCACGUCUAUCUCAUGCUUCUCGACAGACGUGAUUACGGAAUACCUAUACGGCGACGGAAACCAUUUUCUGGAUGACCCGCGGAUGCCCCUGAGCCUUUACCAUCCAAUCCACAUGGGCGCUGAGUCCAUCCUCUCGUUUAGGCAUUUUCCGAUUUACAUGCAUUUGUUUAAUGCCAUCCCCUCAAAAAUCAAGGAAGACGUCAAUCUAAACGUCCCAAAGUCACGGACAACCGUGUUCCAUGAGCUACUCACGAGCGAUCUACCGGAUUCCGAGAAAGGAGUUGAGCGAAUGGGUAUGGAAGCGCAGUCACUAGUUGGUGCGGGAAUUGAAACUGUUACCUGGUGUCUUUCCGUUGCUAUGUUCUACCUGCUGUCAGCUCCAGAGGUAAUUGCGAAGCUUCACGCUGAACUUGAGACCGUCAUUCCCGGCACAGAUCCAAGCGCCUUCCCUUCGCUGGCGACGCUCGAGCAACUGCCAUACUUGAGCGCUUGUGUUAAUGAAGCUCUGCGUCUGAGCUAUGGAGUGGGGUCACGUCUUCCGCGCAGCUCCCCCGAUGAACCCAUCAUCUACAAGAAUGCUGAUAAGACGUGGAUGAUCCCUCCAGGUUAUGCAGUCGGGAUGUCGAGUUACCAGAUUCAUCAUGACGAAACAUUAUUCCCCGACAGCCGGACAUUCAAGCCAGAGAGGUGGUUGGAUGAGCACGGGAAGAGGAAUAGACAUCUUGAUCAGUACUUGUUGAGCUUCUCCAAGGGAUCAAGACAGUGUCUGGGAAUGAACCUUGCCCAAGCGGAACUAUUUACAUUGCUGGCGAUGUUGAUCCACUGCUACGGUCAUCGCUUGCAGCUCUUCGAGACUACGAUUGAGGAUGUAGAGUUCCAUCAUGAUGCCUUCAUCCCUGCAGUCAAACCGGGGAGCAAGGGGAUUCGGGUGUUGGUGAAGUAG